AUGGAGAGGCCAUACAACGUCAGAGAGCGCGCGGACGGAGAGCGGAGGAGGCGGGGCGAGCGUCCUGAGUCGAGAGGACGCGGCGACAAAGAGCCUCGGCUAGAUGCAGGCCGCAGGAGUGCCGCGUCCAGCAGCACAGACAGACAGAGAGGGAAGCAGGCGAAAACCGCUACGGAGGGGGAAGGACGGGGAGACACACAAGGCAGAACCACUCCACAGAAUCAGGUGGAGAAAACCCACCGGAGGCCAACGGCGGACGCUGCGCCUCUCUCACUGGCCCCGCGGCACACGCGCGCCUCGCGACGCAUCUCCGAGCGCCGCUUCCUGCACGGCCUGCAAGCGGCUCGAUCGCCCUCCAGCCCUCUGGAGUUCCUUUCGCCUCGUUCCUCUCCCGAGGCCGAAUUGAGUCUCCUCGCGCGGCAAACAGGUGCUCCGUCGUCGGUUUCCUCAUCCGAAGGCCCGCUCGCCCGCAGACAGCGAAGUGGGGUCGCCUGCAUACUGAGGGCGAGUCCCGCACGAUCCGCCAGCGCAGCCGCUAAGGCGAGACAAGACGCCGAAGUUGCGCAGCUUGCGUCGGCGGCGUCAGGCGCCGCGCGGGGCUGCGGCUUGCGCGAGAGGGGAGGCUGUGGCGCACAACCGAGGCAGGGCCGCGUAGAGCCGCCCCGCCGACAAGAGGAAGUCGGCAGCCUGGCAGUGGCAGGAGGACAGGGGGGAGGCGGCGCGACCGGCGCUGGCGUGCGAGACGAGAAGGCCCUCACGGCGCGACGCAGCAGCACAGCUACGGGGAGACAGAAAACGCCUAAUGGGGGGCUGGGGAGACGCGCGCCCGCGUGGCAAGAGGGUGAGUGCGGCCUGCGCGACCCGCGCCGGAGUCGGGAGCCCAAGACUGCGUCUGAGGAGCUCUGCGUGAAGGAGGAGCAAGCCGAGGCAGCGGUCAAGCGAGCGAAACGCCGCGCGGAAGGGGCGAGCCUGUGCGACGUCUCGACGCCCGCGGAGAGCGGCACCCUUCUGCGUCCUCCGCGCGCCAGCGGGUCGCCGACAAGAGGCGGCAGCGCACCUUCUGGGAGGACAGCGACCCACUCGCAGCGUCCCGCUGCCGGAGUCGAUAGAGGAAAGGCGACUCUGCGCGCGACAGCCACGCGCAGCGCGCGGGCCUCCUCUGCGUCCCCUCUCUCGUCGUCUGCGCCUCUCUCGGGCGCCGCGGAGCCACUCAGCCUCAGCGCCGCUCGACGAGCCUGCACGAAGGCACCCGAGAAGGGCCGCGUGUCCGCGGCGGAAGCGGGCCCCACUGAGGUUGCAGGCGUUCCACUCGAAGCUUUCGAGCGCUUCCAGAAACCCUUCCGAAGAGUCGAACUUACGGAGCUCUCGGCGCCGAAUCGCUGGAAGAAGUCGGCGACCUACGAGGAGAAGAUCCAGUCGCUUCUGCAGGAAGGAGUCGCGAGGUCGACCUGCUUCCGGCGUGAGGCUCCGUCGUCGCUGACCAUUUGCAAGCAGUACGACUGGAAAAAUCACCAGGCGAUGUUUGAAGACGAAGACCGCACGAUGUACUAUCGGAAGGCGAUCUGCUGGCGGGGUUGGGAGCGCCACGAGGCGGCGCGCGCCAAGAGCGAGGGCCCUGCGGCUUCGCCUCUGCAGCGCCGCCGCCUGAGUGGAGACAGCGGAGCGAUUUGCGCGAAACGAGACAUCGGAAGUGAAGAGGAAACGGCCGAGACCGAGGCGAGCGGGAGCGCGCCGCGUUUGCAUCUCGCGGCGCGCCCAGGAGCUAGGGGCACUCGCGCUGAGUCCUCGCCGGCAGGGACAGACGGGCUAGAGUCGCCGGUGGAUGCCGCGGCCCAGACUGCCGGUUAUCAGAGCGAGAAGUACGACGGCGACGGGGAGACAGGGGAGGAGGAAGCGAUGCACGCAGCGCUGGGCGCGCCUCAGACAGAGGAGCCCGCCAGCGGGAAAGCCGCGCGGAAGAAAGAGGACCCGCGACGGCCUCGCGCUGCGGCUGCGCCGGCGAGCGCGGGGCCUGCAGAGGACCCCGAAGCGGAGUUCAGCGACGAAGCGAGGGAGGAAGUCGAUGAUGGCGUCGUUGACGUGAAGACCUACAGACUCCCUCGAGCCGAGCUGAGUGAAGACCAAGACGCAGGCGACGGAAAACGCCCGCGCAGAUCCAACACUUACGUCCAGGGGAAGCGCAUCUUGGAAAUCGGCACCGGUCCGAUUGCGCUUCUCGCCGUCCUCGCGGUCAAGGCGGGGGCGGACUACGUCGACGCGCUCGAGGUCAGCAGGACGUCAGCGUCUCUUGCGACGGCCUUCAUCCGGCAGUUCGGUCUCAACGCAAGCGCGAGCCGCUACCGCCGCUCGUCGCUCUCGCUCUCCUCUCUGGCGUGCAACGGAGAGCCGCAACGCGGCUAUUACGCAGGAUCGCGCCGCGGCGCGGCGGCCUCUGCGGCGUCGCUUGCGUCGCCUGCGUCGCCCGCCUCGUCGUCGCCCGUCUCCACAGCCGCGUCUGCGCCUUUCAGCGACGCGUCGCCGCCACCCACGCCCCCCCCGGCCGUGUCUGCGGCCUCGUCCCUUCCUUCUCCGUCGGAAGCUCUGCCGCCCGCGGUCUCUUGCGCAGCCUCUGCGCUGCCUCUGGAGCCGCUGCAGACGUCGGACUCGCCCGCUGCGGCCUCCAUCUGCCCCUCGCGCUCGCUGCGCUCGUCGUUCGCGGCUCUCGCCGCAGGCUCCCGCGCGCUGCCGGGGCGAGGGUCUCCGUCUGGCGACGGGGGGUCGGCUGCCGCCAAGGCAGCGGCAGCCGACCCCCCGUCGCCUCUGUCGUCGCUCGACUGUGCCCGCGCGGGCGUGACGCCCCUGCCCUCUCCGCCGCUGCUGGAGUCCUUUUCGCCCCUGCCUUCGCCGGUCGUCCCCCUGUCGCCGUUGCCCUCCUCACUCGCCUCCGCUUCGCCCGGCGCGCUCCGCGCGGCCGCUGGCGCCUGCGAGGCUCCGCCGCCUCCGCCUACCUCGGCCGCGGCACCGCGCAGCUGCUGCCUGCGGACCCGUCCGCGGUCGUCGACGUCCCGCCGCCGCCGCCGGUCGCCGUCGCCCGCGGCGUCGCGGGCGGCUCCCGCGGGGCCGCUAGUCAUCCACAGCUGCUACAGCAAGCUUUUUCCCCUGCCGCCGCCGCACCUCGCCCCGAAGCCUUGGGGCGAGGCGGCGGCCUUCCCCCUCGCCUCCACGGCGCCCGCGCUGUCGCAGGGCGGCGCUCGGACCCCCCCCGCCGCGGGUGCAGCGCCGCGCCGCGCCGCGCGGCGGCUUGCGUCUCCGCCGUCGGCGCCUCUGUCCGCGACGCCUGCGCGUCCCCCGGCCUGUUACUACGAGAUGAUUAUCCACGAGAUUCUGGGCGACUUCGCCUCGCAGGAGGGCGCCGCGGACGUUUAUCUGGACAUCCAGCGCCGCCUCGGGUACUGCCCGCGCUCGAUCCCCACCGCGGCGACGACCUGCGUUGCGCCGUGCACCUUUCCGACCCGCGAAAACGUCCCGUACCAGGCCAGCGAACAUCCGGAGAGGACGAUCUUCUCACCCAGAAGGAGACUUUUUCAGAGUGUCGGGCUUCAAUUCUCUUCGCUUCUCCUGUGCGACGCACUUCUUCCCAUGGAGCAGCUGCGCUUCGAAGAGCCGAUGGAGCGCCAGAUGCUUCAGCGGCGUCGACUGGAGUUCACGGUGACGCGCGCAGGGAAGUUUGCGGGUUUCGUCGCGGGCAUUGACGUGGAAAUUCGUCCGGGUCGGCACUUCGGCACCGUCUUCGAGCGGCAGUGCGACAGCUGGUACACGAACAUCGUGCUCCUGGGGAAAGAAAUCGACGUCCGCCGCCGAGAUCGCAUCACGCUCUUCACCGUCGCAGACCUGAAGAACUACCAACUAGACACCGUGUCGCAUGGAGUCGGCAAGAAGAAGCAGGCGGUGCAGCUCGAAGUCUCGCGGCCGACUUACACUUUCCAGGGCUUCGUGGAGCGGAAGGACGAGGGCGUCAUCGCCGAGUUUGGCCCGGUCCUCAUCGACUACGACGAACAGGCCUCCUGCGUCCGCGCCGACGCCGAUAGUGGCCUGGGAUGCUUGAUGGCGACCCUCAACCCCAUGGGAGCAUAUCUAUUUCACCGCGCCGCGCGGGCGACUGCAAAGGCCCGAAGGCCUGCGGGCUCUGAACCCUAA